AUUUUUAUUGUUCAGCUGUAGUUAAGUUUUUAAUUUAUCUAAAUAUGAAUGAAAGAACAGCAAUUACACGUUAUUCUUAUUUCUUAAUCAAACCAACCAGCAAUCAUAAUGUCUUUGAGGUUGAGGAAACAGGAGAAUAGAUUCCAUACGGCAAAAGAAUUAGAGGAAUUAUGGACAGAAAGCCCCUACUUGGGAAAUGAGUCAGUCCAUUUCUGGCUAGCAGAAAAGAUCAGCACGGAGUAUACAGCCUUUAGAAACAGCUUAUGAAUUUACAGCUUGCAAAGUAAGUGAAGUCUCUGUGUACAUCUCUUACACACACGCUAACUCAUUUCCCACACAGGCAUACUUACAGGUCUCUGUUGGAAAGACAGGAAUGUACAGUCUGCAAUGCGUGUGAACUUUCUGUUCAGGGGAAAAGAAGAUUUUUUUCAAUAGGCACAAAAUCCCACCCCCUCAGCACCCCUCCUUCCCCUGUCUGACACUGACUUCAAGGGAGGAGUUGAGCCAAUUAUCUGUGAGUCCUGCAGAAGGAAAAUCUGCAAUUUGCCAGUAGUUGUGAGAGCGAGAGGGAGAAAAGCAGGGAGGGAAGGAGAAAGAUUUAAUUGGCGAAUGUAAAGAAAAGCCCCUUCUGUCCUAGAAAGAGAAUAUUUUAAAGCAAAUCUCUGACCAGAAAAAAAGAAGCUCGUGGAGGGGGGUUGUGCUGGGCAAGACCUGGGGAAGCAUAUGUUCACCAUAGACAACUUCCAUGCCCCCACUGAUUUUUCCCCACCGGAUCUGAGGCAGUGUAGAGGCAGGGUCGGCCAGUGGAUGCACCCAGGACCCUGCACAACCAGGUGUCACUGCAGAGACUCUUCAUCCCCUGCAGAGCCUACAAAGCACAACUUGAAAGGAAAGCCAGUGAGAGUGGGAGAGACUCUGCCUCUCCUUCUCUCAAACUGAGGCUGUGAGGAGGAGCUCAUCUCAUUAUAGGAAAAAGCUGUCACUGCUUCUGAGACCCUUCUUCAUCCCAUGUUGGUCGCCUGAUCCAGUACUUACCAUCCAUGGGGGAAUGCCCUCUGGAGCCCUGCGGUCCUUCCCAGUCCUGCUAAGUUUCUGGGAAAUACUGGUGAAGAACUGAGCCCAGAGCAAGCAACGCGGGGUCCACAGAACGACAGCCUUUUACAGCAGCAGACGCCUCUGAUCAAAAUUGUCAGCUUCAUCAGACUGCAUCAAGACCCAGGACUGCUCCUCCAAGGAGAGGACCAAGCAAUGAUGAAGACCAUGUCUGGUGGAAACUGCACCCUGAAUGUGCCAGCCAAGAACUCGUACCGCAUGGUAGUGCUGGGAGCCUCCAGGGUGGGGAAAAGCUCCAUUGUCUCACGAUUUCUCAAUGGACGCUUUGAGGACCAGUAUACUCCCACCAUUGAGGAUUUUCACCGCAAAGUCUACAACAUCCGGGGAGACAUGUAUCAGCUGGACAUUCUGGACACCUCUGGGAAUCACCCUUUCCCUGCUAUGAGGAGGCUUUCCAUCCUGACAGGGGAUGUUUUCAUCCUGGUAUUCAGCUUGGACAACAGAGAAUCUUUUGAUGAGGUCAAGAGGCUCCAGAAACAGAUCCUUGAGGUCAAAUCCUGCCUGAAGAACAAAACUAAGGAAUCAGCUGACCUCCCCAUGGUGAUCUGUGGCAACAAAAAUGACCACAGUGAAGUCUUCCGCAAGGUACGCUCAGAUGAAGGUGAGGACCUCGUCUCCAGUGAUGAAAACUGUGCUUACUUUGAAGUUUCAGCCAAGAAGAACACCAACGUGGAUGAGAUGUUCUAUGUCCUCUUCAGCAUGGCCAAACUACCUCAUGAGAUGAGCCCUGCCCUCCACAGGAAAAUCUCCAUCCAGUAUGGUGACACCUUCCAACAGAAAUCCUUCCGGAUGCGCCGAGUCAAGGACAUGGAUGCCUACGGCAUGAUCUCUCCCUUUGCUCGCCGGCCAAGCGUCAACAGUGACCUGAAGUAUAUAAAAUCAAAAGUUCUCAGGGAAGGUCAGUCGAGGGAGAGGGAGAAAUGCACGAUCCAGUGAAGGAGGCUUGCAUUUCUGUCUGAAGUCAUCAUCCACAUGCAGUGCCUUAGAGAAAAACGGUCCGUGAAAGCACAGAAUGGGCUUACGGGGUCCAUCCAGAAAACCCAACAUGGAGAAAGGAUAACUCUUCCUGUGGAUUCUGCUGAGUCACGAAUGUAAAUAACAUUGUCCUGUAAAUGACUGGGAAAAAUCAUAAUGCCUGAGAUACAAGUACCUUUCUCUGUCUUUGUAAUGUAGUUCCUCUUCAUUUCUCUUUUUGUUUAAAGAAUACAGACCUGAGAAGUGAAGACAUUUCAACUCUGUCUUUACAAAGAAAGUAGGUGAAAAAUGCACAGAAGGCAUUACCAGUCAUUCAGCAUGCAACUUUUGCUAAGACAGAGAAGGUUAUGUGUGUGUGCGUGUGUGUACCUCUGCGUGUCUGUGUGCAUGCAUGUGUGGAGCACUCCUUUGAAAAAAAAUGAGGCUUGCAUUUCCAAGGGCAGCAGUCUUAACUGAGGUUUCCAAGACUGGGAGUGGACUCUAUAUAAAGAGGCACAACUAACUCACUUCUGAGGGGACUUGAAUUAAGAAGAUCCUGAUCUUAUGUUUGCCGGGACAGUUAUCAAUUGACAUUGACAUGAAUGUUUUUUGUAUUAUAUAUUUUAUUUGGGAUUCAUUGUUUUUUAUUGUCUGGGGUUGGUUUCUUAGCAGAAAUAGAUGGCAAGUGCAUUUGAUAUCAAAACAGUGUAUACUGUCUAAUAGUGAAAGGUGUUUUUCAUCUGUAAAACUAUGUAAUAUGUACAUUGAUUGAAAGUGAAGUUGUUCCGCAAAAAGCCAAUACAUUUGACUACUUCACAAGCCUGGUGUGAUAUUGUUUCUCAAAGCAGUCACAUUGACUCCAUAUACCAUGGCACUAAUGCCACCCUUUGCCUUGCUGGUCACCAGAGCAAUGGAUCCUUCCUUUGCCAGUAUCAGCCGAGACUGACCAGAUUCAUACGUAGGCUUAGCCCGCUUUAGAGGCAGGAUUAGGUUUUCCUUCUAAACCAAGAAAUGAAUGGUUGGAGGGUGAGCUCCAUCACAUUUCUUCUCUUAACAUGCCUCUAGCCAUUUCAUUCAUUUAUUUCCGUGUUGUCUGAUAAAGGUUGCCUUGAUGGAAACCUUUGCACUGCACAAGUCCUUCAGACCAGAAGCUUUAUAUUGGCUGCCCAAACAGGGCUGAACUGGCUGGUAGGAUAAGUCUGGGACCAUCUAUUCACUUCUUCCUUUUCUCGGCCCAGACCAGGCUUCCUUGUCUUCAACUCUCUCCCUGUUCUGCUUCUAGCUUUGUUGCUUGAUGUGCUCCUGUAUGCCUUCAAAAGCCAAAUAUAUUCUUUCAGAUGUGAGCUUGCCACACUCACUGACUGGAAUGAGAUGUGUGAAUACAAAACUGUGGGCAAAGCAUGACCCCAAGACUGUACGAAACAGUAGAGUAUAUACGUUAUAUAUACCUCAGAGUGACUUUCAGAUAUCUUGUCCCUCCCUCACACUCAAAUUCUGUUCUUGGCUGGAUCUGCCUUGUUGUGUCCUGGGUAGAGCUGUGAGCUAGUUCAUGUUAUAAUUUGACAGGAAACCACGAAUAAUGGUUGCCUGUAAAAAUUAGCCUCUGGGACUCAAAGUCACAUGUUCAUUUAUCAGCUCCACCUUUCAUUGGUACUGUAUAUUGACUGGUGAAAUACACUGUACUUUUAUUGCUGUUCCCAGGGCAGCACCUUUCAGACCAUGCCCCUCUCCCUAUCUAUACAUAUGUACAUCAUUUAUGAUUAAAUGUGUUUUAUUUAUUA